CGAAAAUUCAAACGUGUUUGUCUUCAAUUCAGUUUGUCGGUAAUUGCAUAGCUGGUAUCUCAUCGAAUAUGCUCUCAAGUAUUUCUUAUGAACCUUUAACACAGGAACGCACAGGUUUUACUAAUGCAGCAUCAGUUUUAGACCAGCUGUGUGAUACUCUCAGUCUGUGUGCGAUGUGUGAUUCUCUAAGGACCCUUUCAUGUGUUUUGCAGGUCGUAGGUGGCGCCAGUAGCAGAGUGUUGGGUGGCGUUCUGACAGUAUCAUCAAAGGCUAUCCAAACCCGCCCAGAGAGACAGUCUUUCAGUGAGCAGAGUGAGUUGAUGCACCCUGGAUAUCAUCACUGGCUGGGUGUUCCUACUCCCACAGCCACCAUCACACAUCAGCCAGAUACCCCAACCCAGGUGGCAGCACAGGUAUCACCACAGAGGGCGCCACAGGGCCAGGCGGCGAUGAAGCAGGGAGGUCGAAGGGUCAGCAUGCUGUCUACGCUGAACGAACGGGAGCAGGCUCAGGAUGAGAACACGAUGCCGCAGAUCAGGAACGAGAGAACGCCCCCUGGCGGCGGCGGCGGCGUGGGGUCCGCGGCGGCGGCGUCGCUGUCACCGCAUAACUUCACUCUCCCGCCGAUCGAACGCAACGGUGAUGUCAGCGCGAGUGACAAACCUCAUCGGGGCGAGCAGGAGAUGGAGAGAAUGCCAUAA